AUGGACAAGCUGAGUGGCUUCAUCUCCCUGGAAAACAGAUCCUACGUGUUGGAGCCGUCGACGGAUCCCUCCGGUGGAUCCCACAGGAUCUACCGGUCAGAACAGCUCGACUUCACACCCGGCUCGUGUGGUCAUGGCUUCAACAUAUCGCUGGUUCGUGGAGACACCCAGAACACCCACAACCAAUCAGACGGCCCCUUCGGAGCCUUCAGCACCAGGCAAAGGAGACAUGCCCAGAGCACCACCAAGUAUGUGGAGCUGAUCAUCGUAGCUGACAACAGAGAGUUCCAGAAACAAGGGAAGGACGUGGAGAAGGUCAAACAGAGGCUGGCUGAGAUCGCCAAUUACGUGGACAAGUUCUACCGUGCCCUGAACAUCCGUGUAGCUCUGGUGGGUUUGGAGGUGUGGAGUGACCAGGAUAGGUGUCCUAUCACCCAGGAUCCCUUCACCACCCUGCAUGAGUUCCUAGACUGGAGGAAACUCAAACUGCUGCCCAACAGGCCCCACGAUAAUGCACAGCUAGUCAGCGGGGUGUUCUUCCAGGGUACCACCAUCGGCAUGGCACCCAUCAUGAGCAUGUGUACAGCAGAGCAGUCUGGGGGCAUCGUCAUGGAUCACUCGGACAACCCCCUGGGAGCCGCGGUUACUCUGGCCCACGAACUCGGACACAACUUUGGAAUGAACCAUGACACCCCAGAGCGGGGGUGUGGCUGCAGGGUGACGGUGGACCGAGGAGGCUGCAUCAUGACCCCCUCUACAGGGUACCCCUUCCCAACAGUAUUCAGCUCCUGUAGUAUAAAGGAUCUGUCUGCCAGUCUGGAGAAGGGAGUGGGGAUGUGUCUGUUCAACAUGCCCGAGGUCAAGGUGCUCUACGGGGGACAGAAGUGUGGCAACGGAUACGUGGAGGAAGGAGAGGAGUGUGACUGUGGAGAACUGGAGGAGUGUAUGAAUCCAUGCUGUAACUCUACAACCUGUACUCUGAAGGGGGAUGCUGUGUGUGCUCACGGACAGUGCUGUGAUGACUGCCUGCUGAAACCAGCGGGCACCCCGUGCAGGGAUUCGAGUAACUCAUGUGACCUGCCAGAGUUCUGUACCGGUGCCAACCCCCAUUGCCCUGCUAAUGUGUACCUGCAUGACGGGCACACCUGCCACAACGUGGACGGACACUGUUACAACGGGAUCUGCCAGACACACGAGCAGCAGUGCAUCACUCUCUGGGGCCAGGGAGCCAAGCCCGCCCCAGGGAUCUGCUUUGAGAGAGUCAACUCGGCAGGAGACCCCUAUGGGAACUGUGGGAAAGACUCUAAGGGAUCCUUCGCCAAGUGUGACGCUCCAGAUGCUAAGUGUGGCAAAAUACAGUGUCAAGGAGGAGCCAACCGGCCAAUAAUAGGCACCAACGCUGUCUCCAUAGAAACCAACAUCCCCCUCCAAGAGGGGGGCCGGAUCCUGUGCCGGGGGACCCAUGUCUACCUGGGGGACGACAUGCCUGACCCGGGCCUCGUCAUGUCGGGCACCAAGUGUGGCGACGCCAUGAUGUGUCUGAACCGUCAGUGUCAGAACGUCAGUGUCUUUGGAGUGCAGCAGUGCUCAGAGAAAUGCAGCGGUCGAGGGGUGUGUAAUAACAACAAGAACUGCCACUGCGAGGCCCACUGGGCUCCUCCCUUCUGUGACAGGGCAGGCUUCGGGGGAAGUGUGGACAGUGGACCGAUGAGGCUAGCAGACUACGGUGGCGUGGCGGUGGGGGUCCUGUUGACUCUAAUAACCUUCCUGGGAGCCGGCCUCAUCGUCUCCAUCAAGAGAAAGACCCUGCUGAGACUACUAUUCACCAACAAGAAGAACACUAUGGACAAGCUGAGGUCGGUGGGGUCUAACAGAUCAUCCAGUCCUGUCCAUAGAGAUUCCCCACCUGGUCAGCCUCAAGCCCAGACACCGACACAGAGACAGAAACACAGCAGCAGCAUCUUCAAGCCUCCUCCCCAAAAUCAACACCCUCCUGGGCAGCCCUACCCCUCCCACAGCCUGCAACGACUACCCCAGUGCUCCCCUGUUCACCUCAGUCACCCCGUCCCCCUGUCCCCUACGUCAGCCCCUGGACCAGGACAGCCCAGACCACCUAUUCCCCCUCCUCACCGAGCCCUGCCUCCCCAUGGCCAAGGACAUGCCCACAGCCACACCCAGGCUCCGCCCAGAGGGGCGUCGUUUCGCAGUGUGCCACAGCACCAUAACUCCUGCAGGAUGGUCUUGGAUUUGGAGAAGCCUAGUCCACCCCAGAAACCCCUACCUGCAGACCCCCUGGGCAGGAAUACCCAGAAGCCUCUACCUGCAGAGCUCCUGGGCAGGAAUAUCCAGAAGCCUCUACCUGCUGACCCCCUGGGCAGGAAUAUCCAGAAGCCUUUACCUGCCGACCCACUGGGCAGGAAUACCCAGAAGCCUCUACCUGCAGACCUCCUGGGCAGGAAUAUCCAGAAGCCUCUACCUGCUGACCCCCUGGGCAGGAAUAUCCAGAAGCCUUUACCUGCCGACCCACUGGGCAGGAAUACCCAGAAGCCUCUACCUGCCUACCCCCUGGGCAGGAAUACCCAGAAGCCUUUGCCUGCUAACCCUAACCCUAACUCCCCCGGAAGGAGUGGUCAUCUGAUUCGUAGCCCCAUUGCUGUCGGAGUCCCCAUCCCUGUACCUGUCCCCGGUGUCCCCAGGCCGCUGAGACCUGUUCCACACCACAACAGGUCUGUUCCUAAGCAACCCCCAACACUACCUAAGCCUCGUAUGAUCGUCCACGCCAAGUUCAGCAGCUGAGAGCAGCUGGAAUAAACUGAAGGGAAUUUAAAGGACGUUCUUUCUGUAAAACGAUAAAGACAUUUCACUUGCACUAUGAAACCUUAAGAUGUGGUGUCUCUGAGUUUUGAAUAAUGGGGACGGACCGUUGGGCGGUUGGCGUGUCAGCGAGUCAGUUCCCCCCCGUUGGUGCUCUGAUGUCAGAGGUGCUAUAGGUCUGAGCUCAGGUACAUGUAUGUAAAGUAUUUAUGUUUUGUGUAUUUAUUAAUUAGUUACCACACAGUGCACUGUGCCAGACACUUGGGAUUUAAUUUGUAGUAUUUGUUAAUUUUUUAUUUGUUUCUACUGUUUUAGUCAUUUGAUUUCAAUCAUGGGGAUAUUUUAACCUGUUUUGAUAGACAGGAAGCCAGGGGAAAAGUACAACUUAACAAAGCCUGUCUCUGGAGGUCUGGGAAGUUGUAAAGACCCGAACAUGGCGUUCAAUGAAAUCGAUUCAGAACAAAGGGAAAGACAUCUACAAACAUCAGAAAGGGCGACUUUCAUCCGCACUUGGGUUGACGGACUUGGGUUGAUGGACUCGGGUUGACGGACUUGGGUUGACGGACUCGGGUUGACGGACUCGGAUUGACGGACUUGGGUUGCGUAUGACGCCACCUGCUGUAAGACAACGGCAUCACUGGUAAAUCCUGCCGCAGGUCUUCCUCCAUCCAGUAUACAGCCAGCUGUUUCUCCCUCUGUGACCGUACUAUGUAUGCACUGAUGCUGAGAGACUGAGCCCUGAGGAACACCAAUAACAACCUUACACCAACCUUACAACAACCAUACACAAACCUAACACCAACCUUACACCAGCUAUACACCAAUCUUUCACCAACUAUACACCAACCUUUCACCAACCUUACACCAGCUAUACAUCAAUCUUUCACCAACUAUACACCAACCUUACAUCAUCUAUACACCAAUCUUUCACCAACUAUACACCAACCAUACACCAACCUUACACCAGCUAUACACCAAUCUUUCACCAACUAUACACCAACCAUACACCAACCUUACACCACCUAUACACCAAUCUUUCACCAACUAUACACCAACCUUUCACCAACCUUACACCAGCUAUACACCAAUCUUUCACCAACUAUACACCAACCAUACACCAACCUUACACCAACUAUACACCAAUCUUUUACCAACUAUACACCAACUAUACACCAACUAUAAACCAACCUUACACCAACCUUACACCAAUCUUUCAACAACUACAGCGCCUUACAAAAGUAUUCAUCCCCCUUGGCGUUUUUCCGAUUUUGUUGCAUUAUAACCUGUAAUUUAAAUUGAUUUUUAUUUGGAUUUCAUGUAAUGGACAUACAGAAAGUAGUCCAAAUUGGUGAAGUGAAAUGAAAAAAAUAACUUUAAAUAAAAAAAUCAUAAAAAACUGAAAAGUGGUGUGUGCAUAUGUACUCACCCCCGUUGCUAUGAAGCCCCUAAAUAAGAUCUGGUGCAACCAAUUACCUUCAGAAGUCACAUAGUUAGUUAAAUAAAGUCCACCUGUGUGCAAUCUAAGUGUCACAUGAUCUGUCACAUGAUCUCAGUAUAUAUACACCUGUUCUGAAAGGCCCCAGAGUCUGCAACACCACUAAGCAAGGGGCACCACCGAGCAAGCGGCGACAUGAAGACCAAGGAAGCGCUCCAAACUGGUCAGGGACAAAGUUGUGGAGAAGUACAGAUCAGGGUUGGGUUAUAAAAAAAUAUCCGAAACUAUGAACAUCCCACGGAGCACCAUUAAAUCCAUUCUAAAAAAAUGGAAAGAAUAUGGCACCACAACAAACCUGCCAAGAGAGGGCCGCCCACCAAAACUCAAAGACCAGGCAAGGAGGGCAUUAAUCAGAGAGGCAACAAAGAGACCAAAGAUAACCCUGAAGGAGCUGCAAAGCUCCACAGCGGAGAUUGGAGUAUCUGUCCAUAGGACCACUUUAAGCCGUACACUCCACAGAGCUGGGCUUUACGGAAGAGUGGCCAGAAAUAAUCCAUUGCUUAAAGAAAAAAAUAAGCAAACACGUUUGGUGUACGCCAAAAGGCAUGUGGGAGACUCCCCAAAAAUAUGGAAGAAGGUACUCUGGUCAGAUAAGACUCAAAUUGAGCUUUUUGGCCAUCAAGGAAAACGUUAUGUCUGGCGCAAACCCAACACCUCUCAUCACCCCGAGAACAACAUCCCCAUAGUGAAGCAUGGUGGUGCCAGCAUCAUGCUGUGGAGAUGUAUUUCAUCGGCAGGGACGGGGAAACUGGUCAGAAUUGAAGGAAUGAUGGAUGGCGCUAAAUACAGGGAAAUUCUUGAGGGAAACCUGUUUCAGUCUUCCAGAGAUUUGAGACUUGGAUGGAGGUUCACCUUCCAGCAGAACAAUGACCUUAAGCAUACUGC